UUUAUAUUUUGUAAAUGGAAUUGUAUUCCCGAUCAUGGGCGGACUAAAAUUUUUUGAUCAUCAUAAACGUGCUGAAAAAUAUUUCAAUAUGUCGAAAAUCGAGCUGAGGUUGAUCAAACAACCCGUAGAUCACUUUAAUGAAACAGAGACCAGAACUUGGAUGAUGAGUUACGCUCAAAAUAUGGAAUUUUACCAGCCAAAUGGACCAAUUUAUUUACUAAUUGGCGGCGAAAUGCCACUCUAUAAUCAAAUGGAUUCCCUGUUCGACGGGUUGGUUAAUAAUCUUGCCAAAGAAACUAACGGAGCCUUGAUAAUGUCAGAACAUAGAUAUUACGGCAAAAGUUUGCCGUUCCCUGAGUUAGUCACAGAUAAUAUGAAAUAUUUAAGUUCGCAGCAGGCUCUUGCUGAUUUAGCAACACUACUGAAGUACUUGAAAUCAACGUUUCUGUCCGAGAAGUCUGCAAGUCCGAAAGUAGUAGUAGUUGGUGGAUCAUACGCGGGAAAUUUAGCUGCCUGGAUGAAAUUGGUCUAUAGUGAUUUAGUAGACGCAGGUAUUUCAGUAAGUGGACCUGUGUUAGCUACGAAAAAUUUUUUUCAAUAUAUGGAGAUUGUUUUUAAGGAUUUUUUACAACAUGGCAGUCCGGAAUGCUACGAUAAAAUAAAGGAGAUAUUGAAAAAUUAUGAAACCUUGCUUAGUACUCCUGAAGGUAUAGAAGAGCUUAAAAGACAAGAAAAAAUUUGCGAUUAUAGUGACAUGACUAAGAAAGAAAACAAGCAACAGUUUAUCUUACAUAAAUUAUACAUUUUGGCCAAAAUUGCUCAAUAUUCAGAAAAUAUUGACGAGUUUAAAGAAGAAUGUGAACGAAUGUUAAAUACUUCUAGAAUAGAAUUUUUGUUUAAUGAAAAAAAUCAGCCCCAAGAUUGUUACGAUAUUAACUUCUACAAGUCCCUUAAAAACUGGGAGCCGUACAUGAUAUCUUGGAUGUACCAGACGUGUACUGAAUUUGGAUUCUUUCAAACAUUGGAUUAUAAUAAUCAACCGUUUACACAUAAUUUGCCGUUAGAGUACUAUAUUGAGAUUUGUACAACACUAUUUGGGUUUGAUUUCGAUGAGAAAAGAGUUGAUAAAGGAGUUAAGGCAACCAAUGCUUUGUAUGGAGGUCGUCAACCGAAUAUUACCAAAGUCGUGUUUGUUAACGGCGAUGUAGACCCUUGGCACUCUUUGAGUGUGUUAAAAGACCUGUCUGAUGAGGCUCCAGCAAUUUUAAUCCCAAAUUCAUCACAUUGUAAAGUCUUGCAUCGAGACACAGAGCAGGAUUCUAAUGAAAUGAGAGAAGCCAGAAAAAAAGUCAAAUCAUUGAUAAAAUCGUGGAUAGGAUUGUAAUUUUUAUAAUUUAAUAAAACUCUAUUUAA